GUCCCUGAGGUGGCGGCAUAGAUCCUUCUAGCAAAUUUAUCUUUAAGUCUCAGCACUGAAGGAAAACUCUCUGAAAUCAGAGUCCUUUUAGAAGAGAUGUACCGCUGAAACUUGUAGCCAAAAGAGUAAACAUCUGAGUAUCUACUGCCCUGCGUUCCACAUCUUUAACUACUUGCCACGUUGCCGUAGGAGACGUUGGAAAAGAACACAGAGAUGGCAUUAGAUCUACAUGGAUGCCAUUUAUCAGCUGGAUGUUAGAGAAAAAAAAACUUUGUGGGCCUCAGUUUCUCUGAGCUUUGAUGUCCCCGUGUAUAAUAUGAAGAGAUUGGACUAGAGGUGAUAUUUAAGAUCCCUUCUGGCUCUAACAAUGGCAUUUCAGGGAUUCUGGUAGCUAGCCGCAGAAUUAUACUGGGCUAAGAUGGAUCUUGUACUCAAUGCUGCAGAUUAUUAUUUUUUUACACCGUACUUCUAUCCAGCCUCAUGGUCUGAGGAUGACAUCUUCCGACAAACUAUUAGUCUCCUGAUUGUAACAAAUCUUGGUGCUUAUAUCCUUUAUUUCUUCUUUGCAACACUGAGUUAUUAUUUUGUCUAUGAUCAUUCAUUAAUGAAGCAUCCACAGUUUUUAAAGAAUCAAGUCUAUAGAGAGAUUACGUUUACUGUGCAGUCGUUGCCGUGGAUUAGUAUCCCCACUGUGUCACUGUUCCUGCUGGAGUUGAGAGGUUACAGCAAGUUAUAUGAUGACAUAGGAGAGUUUCCCAGCGGCUGGGUUCGCCUCUUUGUCAGUAUACUGUCCUUCCUCUUUUUCACUGACAUGCUGAUCUACUGGAUUCACAGAGGCCUUCAUCAUAGACUUGUGUAUAAGCGCAUACACAAACCCCAUCAUCUCUGGAAGAUUCCUACUCCAUUUGCAAGUCAUGCUUUUCACCCUGUGGAUGGCUUUCUUCAGAGUCUACCUUACCAUAUAUACCCUUUUAUCUUCCCAUUACACAAGGUGGUCUACUUAAGUUUGUACAUCUUGGUCAACAUCUGGACGAUUUCCAUUCAUGAUGGUGAUUUUCGUGUUCCCCACGUCUUAAGGCCAUUUAUUAAUGGCUCAGCCCAUCAUACAGACCACCACAUGUUCUUUGACUAUAACUAUGGACAGUAUUUCACCUUGUGGGAUAGAAUUGGAGGCUCGUUCAAAAAUCCUUCCUCCUUUGAAGGGAAAGGACCACUUAGUUAUGUGAAGAAGAUGACAGAAGAAAAGUGCAACAGCCAUGCAGAAAAUGGUUGUAAAAAUGAAAAAUUAUUCAGUGGGGAGUUUACAAAGACUGAGUAGAUUGUUGCCCUGUUAUUAAAUAUUAUGAAAUAUUUUUAAUAAGGAAAAAUAAUCUACAUACAUACAACCAAGAGACACAGCAAGCAAAUGGUAUUUGAGAGUCUGUAUUGUGGGUACUGCUGAGGAAUGAUCGUGAUGUAGAUCAAGGAAGGAAUGCUGUUAACACCGACAUUUUAACCUCAUGUUUACCAUGCUAGGUGUUAGUCUCAAGGACAAGUCGUGUCUCUGUAGCCAGCAUAUCUGUAACUUGUAUAGCCUCAACAACAGUUUUUAUAAAGAUAGAGAAUAAAUUAUUGAGGGGACUAGGUUAUGUCCUUUUGCCUUAAUCCACCCAUAUUCAUUAAGAAAAAUACAUUGUGCUUGAUAAUACCAAGACUAAGCAUCAUAACAAAGAAAUACUAAUAUAAACAUGGUUCCUUGUUUCAGGAAUGGUUAAGUCUUCAAUGUUGGUAUGAUAAUGACUACCUGUAGUAUUUUGUUCCAGUGGAUACAUCAAUGUGAAAAAAAAUCUGAUAUAACGUAUUAGUGGCCAAGUAAAUAACCUAAUUAAUAGCAGGUAUAAUAAGAUUAUCAUCUUCCUACACAUAGGAAGCUUAUUCUCUGGGGACAUUGUCAAAUAUUAACAUUUUACUGAUGAAAAAAUAAAUUAGAAUUUUAAAAAAUACUGAUACUACCACGAUUUAAUACAGAUCUGGGCUUAUUUAAAGAUUUUGAUGGUUAUUAUUUUAAACCAUUAUUUAAUAAGAUUAUGUGAACCUGAAUAUAUUUAGAAAGGGAAAUUUGAUGCCCAGAUAAUAUAUUUGACACUACUGCUUUUUUAAUUAAAUGGAUGCACUGCACUUUUGAUAUGUUCAAAAUUACAAUCUUAUAAUUUCCUAUAAAAGGAAGUAAUUGCCAAAUAUUUAGGCCGAUCACUGAAGAUUAGUUUUCUGAAAUCUUAUUUUCCCUCUUCUCCCUUCACCUUUCCCCACUUUCUGUGCAAAAAGAUUUAACAAAUAGUUUCAUAAGGAAAUGUUGUGUGUUGUAACAUAAGUAUAUUGGAAAAACGUGGGUUGAAAAAGGCAUUCUAUAAGCUAUUUAUGUAAAAUCAAUAAAAGUUGAUUAUUACUAUUA